CCGCAGGUUACGGUCACGCCGCCCCCAGCACGGACGGGGGGAAGGUGUUCUGCAUGGUGUACGCGCUGCUGGGCAUCCCCCUGACCCUCGUCAUGUUCCAGAGCCUGGGCGAGCGCAUCAACACCCUGGUGCGGCACCUCCUGCGCCGCGCCAAGAAGGGGCUGGGCAUGCGGCGGCCCGAGGUGUCCAUGGCCAACAUGGUGGCCAUCGGCUUCUUCUCCUGCCUCGGCACCCUCUGCGUGGGCGCCGCCGCCUUCUCGCACUACGAGCGCUGGAGCUUCUUCCACGCCUACUACUACUGCUUCAUCACCCUCACCACCAUCGGCUUCGGCGACUACGUGGCGCUGCAGAAGGACCAGGCGCUGCAGAACCAGCCGCAGUACGUGGCCUUCAGCUUCGUCUACAUCCUCACGGGGCUCACGGUCAUCGGCGCCUUCCUCAACCUGGUGGUGCUGCGCUUCAUGACCAUGAACGCCGAGGACGAGCGGCGGGACGCCGAGCACCGGGCGCUGCUCUCCUCCUCCUCCUCCUCCUCCUCCUCCUGCCGCCGCCGCCGCUGCCCCCGGAGCGCUGUCCCGGCCGAUGUCGCCUCCCCCGAGCCCCUCCCGGCCGCUCCCGCCGCGGGGGCAGGAGCCGGAGCGGGAGGAGGAGGAGGAGGAGGAGGAGGAGGAGGAGGAGGAGGAGGAGGAGGGGGAGGGCUGAGGAACGUGUACGCCGAGGUUCUCCACUUCCAGUCGGUGUGCUCGUGCCUGUGGUACAAGAGCCGCGAGAAGCUGCAGUACUCCAUCCCCAUGAUCAUCCCCCGGGACCUCUCCUCCGCCUCGGAGCAGCAGCAGAGCCACGGCGGGGGCGGCCACGGGGGUGGUGGCCACGACGGCGGCGGCGGUGGCCACGCCGAGCCCGCCCCGCAGCGCUGCUCGUGCGGCGCCCGGCGCUCGGCCGUCAGCUCCGUGUCCAGCGGGCUCCAGAGCCUGGAGCCGUUCCCGGGGCUCAGGAAGCGCCGCAGCUCCGUGUAGAGACCCCUCGGCGCUUUUCCCCCCCCCACACACACACACACCUCCUCCCCGGACACUCCCCCCCCGGACCGAGGGAUUCGCUGGGCCGGGGGCUGGGGAGGGACCCCCGUGUUCCUCGGGGGGGCUGAGGAGGGACCCCUGCGCU